AUGUCCGUACCACCAUUGACUAAGACGAUAUCACAAUCGAGCUUUGCGGAGUCACUGAGAGAUCUUUCGAGUGAUGAGGACCUAAUCAACAAGAGGAUAGGAUCACCUAACCGGGACCACAGAAGAAGACGUUCCUCCAGUAUAUUAUCUCACGUUGAACCAGAAACUUUUGAGGAUGAGAAUGACCAACAUAUCCUGACGAAUAUGAAUGCCACUUGGAUGGAUCAACCAGGAGCAUGGAUUAUACAUGUUGUGAUUAUUCUGCUGCUUGCAGGGAUGUACAAAGUUAUGCCAGGUAUGUCUACCAAGAAUGCUUGGUCACUCACAAAUACCACAUAUGUUAUAGGUUCCUAUGUCAUGUUCCACUGGAUCAAAGGUACGCCUUUCGAAUUUAAUGGUGGGGCUUAUGAUAACCUUACAAUGUGGGAACAGAUAGAUGGUGAGACAUUAUUCACCCCUACAAGAAAAUACUUAAUCUCUGUUCCUAUUGUACUAUUUCUGAUAGUAACACAUUACUCAAGAGGUAGCCACUUUUUCAGCAAGGAUUUCAUUUGGAACUGUUGUGUCACAUUUUUUGGUGCCAUUUUACCAAAGCUACCCAUCACACAUAGACUUAGAUUAUCGAUUCCUGGAUUUACUCCUGCUCAAAUCAGUUAA